CAACAUCUGAAUGCCUCACUACACUUCAUCGAGUAUAUCGUGAUUUCCAACUCAAUUGAAUAAAAUUACCUACCACUUUGUUACAUACGUUUUUUUUAACCAUCAUGGAUGUAUUCUACGCUUAUACAUACUCAACGGCCGGAUGGCUGGCGCUACAAAGCAUCCCGCUAGUCACAGUCCCGGAGAUGAUGAGCACCAUGUUGUCUGAGGAAACCAGACCACCUUCUGCGGUUGAGGUUUAUUUCGCACGAUGCCUCGGUUUCAACCUCUUCACGCUUGCCGUUUUAACCGUGAUGUUGACGGGCUCCGUCCCCUUGACCUCCAGCGUAGUGGAACCAGUGACCACGGACGAUUCUGACCCCAAGGCCCCGUAUGCGGUGCCCACUUUGAUUGUAACCACGAUCUCCAGCGGACUCUCAGCGUUCUAUGCGUAUUCGCGCUGGGCAGCCUCGGAUCAGGUCGCCUUUGCCAUCGGAAUGGUGGGAUACUCUCUGCUGGCGUCGGUGGGGCUAUGGUGUAUCCUCUUUGCCAGCAGUAACGGGAAAAUCAGCCGAAAGACAGGGGCCGACAAGAGAACCGCCGGAUUUCCGUUCAAGAACCAGGAGGCAGCCAAGAAACAUGCCGGGAAGAAGAGUUCGUGAGCAGGGAAGAGACGCAGGAGCUGCAUGGGUCAGCGACAGGUGUAUGAACAGGUUGCAUUAAGCUCCACCGGAGGACAGGAUUGAAGAUGGGCUCAGGAGCGGGCGGCGUAAGAACCUUGGGGGUUUAUGGCCGGGUGGCUGAAUCCCUCGGAGCCUAUUUUGGUGGCAUGCCCGGCCAAUGACGCUAUCCUGGCCGGCGCUGAUUGCAUGCGUAUGGAUUUAAUCUAAUCGAACAUCUGUUCCUAUUCUUGGCUGCAGGGCCUGCCCCUGUCCGCCGUCGUUCCUGU